AUGCAUCGCAAUAACAAUUCUUAUAAUACAAAUACUGCGGAUACUCGUUUAACUGAAUUAUAUUCUACAUAUGACAAUAAAUAUGUUCAAACAAACACAAGCAAUACUCGGGUAUUUGAUUCAGAUUCCUCAUAUCCUUGUAUUAUAAGUAAAACAAAUACUGUUAAUUCGCGUUUAAUUGAUACACAUGCUCCAUAUGGUUAUGAUUCACAUAAUUCAAAUACAAUCAUGAGACUCCUAAUUCGGGUCCAGAUUUGA